UACGUGCAUUUCUGCCACCUCGCAGCUUGGGUUUUUCCUUUUCUGGUAGUUUUUAUCUCAGAAGAACUGCCUGGCAGAGACCCUCCCGCUCUUCCCAGAGCCUAGGCGGCUCUCUCUCAGGGAUCUAAAGUAGCGACAAGUGACUCUGUGAGUGUUUGUGCGUCUUUACUCGCUUCACACUUACUGAAGAGUGUGUAAGAGUGUGUCGGAAGACGGAAGAGAAGAGGAGAAAGGCCUCUCCACUCCGCGGCCUUGCCCUCAGGGCAUCACAUCACCCGCGUCUUCUGCAACCCGGCUGGUCUCCCUGGCUGCAUAGCCCGGACAUGAAGUCCCCCUGGAGAGGCCUUUGGGCAGCUCCUGUGCUCCUUCUCCUGACCUUGCACGCCUCAGCCUCUGCAGCCUACGAUGACCCACCCAGCACCAGAGUCUCCAAAGGCCACACUUGUGUAGGGUGUGUAAUAGCGGUGUCGGUGAUUGAGCAGCUGGCGCAAGUUCACAACUCCACGGUCCAGGCCUCCAUGGAGCGGCUGUGCAGCUUCCUGCCCGAAAAACUGUUCUUAAAAGACACCUGCUACUUAGUCAUUCGCACGCUUGGACCAGACAUCAUAAAGCUUCUUGAUGCUGAUAUGAAUGCGGAUGUGGUGUGCCACGCCCUGGAGUUUUGUCAACCGGAGCCUGGCCAAGCCUUGUGUCACCUCUACCCUCUUCCCAAGGAGACCUGGGAAUUUACUCUGGAGAAGGCAAGACAGAUUGUCAAGAAGCCUCGGACCCCGAAAUAUUCCAGAAGCAGUUCUGACAUUUGUUCACUCCCAUUUUUGACCAAGAUCUGUCAGGAGAUUAAAUCAAGUAUAGAGAAUUCUGUGCCAUUCCGAGAUGUUGAUUCCGACAAAUACAGUGCUUUCCCAACGCUGCGGGGCUACCACUGGCGGGGACGGGACUGCAACGACAGCAACGAGAGGACCUACCCCGGCAGAAGACCGGACAACUGGGACGCCCACCAGGACUCCAACUGCAAUGGCAUCUGGGGUAUUGAUCCAAAAGAUGGAAUUCCCUAUGAGAAGAAAUUCUGCGAAGGUUCGCAGCCCAGGGGCAUCAUCCUGCUCGGGGACUCCGCUGGGGCUCAUUUCCACAUCCCUCCCGAAUGGAUCACAGCAUCGCAGAUGUCCCUGAAAUCCUUCUUCAGUUUACCAGAAGCUCUUACCGAUGAGCUCGACUGGCCCCAGCUCUCUGGUGUCACUGGAUUUCUGAACUCCACUAGGGGAAUCAAAGAAAACUCUCUCUACCUUCAUUUAUGGAAAAGAAACCGCUGCAACCACAGGGACUACCAGAAUCUUUCAAAAAAUGGUGCAUCUUCCCAAAACCUGCAGACAGUUAUAAAAAGUUUGUCUAGGCACCCACUGUGGGACCAGCCAGCCAUCGUCAUAUACGCCAUGAUUGGAAACGAUGUCUGCAACGGGAAGACUGACCCAGUCCCAGAAAUGACCACUCCUGAGCAAUUCUAUUCCAAGGUCAGGGAGACUCUCGAGUACCUGCAUUCCCACCUGCCGAACGGCAGCCACGUUAUUUUGUACGGCUUACCAGACGGGACCUUUCUCUGGGAUAACCUGCACAGCAGAUACCAUCCUCUCGGCCAGCUGAAUGCAGACGUGACCUACGAGCAGCUCUACUCCUUCCUCAGCUGUCUUCAGGUCAGCCCCUGCCAUGGCUGGAUGUCUUCCAACAGGACUCUCCGGACCCUCACUUCAGAGAGAGCAAAAGAACUCUCCCAUAUGCUGAAAAAAAUCGCAGCCAGCGAGAAAUUUCCGAACUUCGAUCUUUUCUACGUGGACUUUGACUUCCAAGAAAUUACGAAGGAGUGGCAAAAGCGAGGCGGGCAGCCCUGGCAGCUCAUCGAGCCCGUCGACGGAUUCCACCCCAACGAGGUGGCCUCGCUGCUCUUGGCUGACAGCUUCUGGGACAAGGUGCAGCGCCAGUGGCCCGAGGUGCUGGGAAAGGAGAAUCCAUUCAACCCCCAGAUUGAACAGGUGUUUGGAGACCAAGGGGGGCACUAGGUCCCUCAGGGACGUGCGCUCCUGGGAGCCUCAGGAAACGGAAGUUUGCUGCAGGGCUGCCCUGUCGCGGACCCGCUGGGCCUCUGCAGCAGCAUCUUGGCAGGGGUUUUCCCUCCUUUAAGCGCGUAUCUGAUGACCAGUGACUCUGCGAGCUGCUGGGGCCCUUCCCCGCCAGCCGGCCCUCGCGUAACUUUGAAUAAAGUGCUUCAAGUGCCAUUCCAAACAAGGGAGUGUCUGUCCCCUUGAGUGGCUAAUUGUAAAAACAAACAAGAAAUCCAGCGUAUCAGACAAGUUAUCCAGGGUUAGGGUUAGUGUCUUUGUUAGGGU